AUGACCAGCCUGUUCCGCCGGAGUAGCGGCGGCGGCGGGGGCGGCGGGGGCGGCGGCGGGGGCGCGGCGGGGGCGCGCGGGGCCGGGCCCGGGGGCGACGCGGCCGCCUCGCAGGAGCUCAACAACAGCCGGCCGGCCCGCCAGGUGCGCCGCCUCGAGUUCAACCAGGCCAUGGACGACUUCAAGACCAUGUUCCCCAACAUGGAUUACGACAUCAUCGAGUGCGUGCUGCGCGCCAACAGCGGUGCGGUGGACGCCACCAUCGACCAGCUGCUGCAGAUGAACCUGGAGGGCGGUGGCGGCGGCGUCUACGAGGACAGCUCAGACUCGGAGGACAGCAUCCCCCCCGAGAUCUUGGAAAGGACUUUGGAACCUGAUAGCUCUGAUGAAGAACCCCCGCCUGUCUACUCCCCGCCAGCCUACCACAUGCACAUGUUUGACAGACCUUACCCUCUGGCUCCCCCUACUCCACCACCCCGCAUCCAUGUCCUGGGCUCUGGACCCGCUUCGAGCCAGAGACACUAUCGUAACUGGAACCCACCCCUGCUGGGCAACCUCCCUGAUGACUUUCUCCGCAUCCUGCCCCAGCAGCUGGACAGCAUACAGGGUAACCCUGGGGCCUCCAAGCCUGGGAGCAGAGAGGGAGGCCUACCCCUUGUGGCUGGGCCUGGGUCCCGGGACCAGGAGAACCGCUGGAAGCAGUACCUGGAGGACGAGAGGAUUGCGCUCUUCCUGCAGAACGAGGAGUUCAUGAAGGAGCUGCAGCGUAACCGGGACUUCCUCCUGGCCCUGGAGAGAGAUCGUUUGAAAUACGAGUCCCAGAAAUCCAAAUCCAGCAGCAGCAUGGCUGUGGGAAAUGACUUGGGCUUUCCUCCUCCUGCCCCAGGAACCAGUGAUGCCAAUCCUGCUGUGUCUGAAGAUGCCUUAUUCAGGGACAAGUUGAAACAUAUGGGGAAAUCCACCCGGAGGAAGUUGUUCGAGCUGGCCAGGGCCUUCUCCGAGAAGACCAGGAUGAGGAAGUCAAAGAGGAAACACUUGUCCAAGCACCAGUCGCUGGGAGCUGCAGUGUCAACGGCUAAUCUUCUGGACGACAUGGAGGGCCACACUUGUGAUGAAGACUUCCGUGGAAGGAGGCAGGAGGUGCCCAAGGCGGAGGAAGCCCUAAGGGAAGGACAGUAAGAGAUGCCAGCAGUUCCUCCUUGCUGGAGAUGGUCUGACCUGGUGGAGGCAGCCGGAGAGCCAAACCGGCCCCCAGCUGAAGGGCCCAGCUGCCGCCGGACAGAUGGCGCUGAGGACUGAGGCCUGGUGAUUCUCCGGCCACGUUCCAGCCCUACCACUGCUACUGUCACUGCCACUUUCCAUGGGACUUAGAACUUCGGAGUUUUGUGCUGUGAUUGGAUAAAGGACCUGGGGUCCUAGGGGCAGCAGCCCAUCAUAGCUCCUUUUGUAGCCAGGCUGUUCUAUGGGCAAUGGGUGGAAAUGCAGGAACCACCACCACCGUGCCCCCUCUCCCUUCUUUAAAAAUCCCAGAAAAAAGGCAAAGGUUGGAGCACCCAAAAGGGCAGGAUGGUGGAACCCCUGCCCCCAUCCUUUCCCCAACUGUCCUUCUGGGCCACGGACACUACCUGACCCACCCUGUCCCCACCCCCAGCUCCCUUCUGGGCACCUUGGGCCCUUUAUUCCCAUGGCUUCCUGCAUCUCAGCCUUUCCCCCAUGGCUGCGGACCCUUGGUACAACCCCUGGACGGAGCCCCAGGUGGGAGAGCACUGGGCAGUUACUCAGGCCCCUUCAGAGGAGUGACGAGCCACUAGGGAGAGCUGGCUGCUGGGCACCCUGCCGGGGCCCCUCCAACUGCCUCUGUUAGGGGCUGGCACGGCCCCCAGCAGGGAUGGGGAGGGUGGCCAUCCCAGAGCUGGAGCACUGGCUAGGCAGGAGUAUUCUCCACGAUGGCAGAAGACAGAAGCCAGUCACCCAACAGCGGGGGCUCACAGGGGGCUCUAAGUGGAAGUCCUACUGUCACUAAGGGUGGGCAGCAGCAGGUUCUGAGGUGACCCUUGAGAAAGCACAGGACUGAGGAGCAAAGGUGAUGAGGCUGCUAGUCUGGGGUAGGGGGGUGCCUGGGGCAGAAGGGCUUGCUGGGUGCCUCUUGCUGAAAACAAGAAGGUGGAUGAUCUACAGAGGCACGCUCCGGUUCAAGAGCCUUACUGGGCACCAACCACUGCCAGUGGGAGGGCGGCUGGCCCAGUCUCUGCGGCCAGCCUCGGAGAUGGGAACGCGUUGACCUCCGGGGAGAGCUGGGGAGCCUGGGCGGGCACGAGGUGUCCCCCUCCCCGGCCUCCGCAGUGGGGCACCAGCCCAGUCCAAACGCGCAGGAUGCGGGGUGUGGGGAUUGGGAGCGCCUGGCCUUGGCGGGGCCUGGUGGCCACACGUCACCCCGAGGUAAUGCGGGCACGCGGCCGCGGUCGCACGUCUCUGCAGAGGCCCGGGCCCACUCGCUGGCCCAGCUUCCCCGGCGCGCUCCGGAGAGGCGGCCCCGGGAGAGGCAGCGGGGCUGGGGCUGGGGCUGGGGCUCCCCCAGAGGGCCGCGGAGCUUGCCUAAGUUUGGCAGCAGCGCGGGGCCUGGGGUGCUGGCGCGGCGCCACCCACCGUCCGCUGCUCCCCCUGACCUGGCCCGUGGCCCCCCCAGACUGUCUGGACCCUGGGGGCAGAGGAGAGGCCUCUGGGCUGUGGCCCGGACCCCUCCCAGCGCCUGGCGGGGAAGCCCCAGCCCCAAGUCUGUGCGUGUUGCUUUGUUAGUUGUUUCUUCUCCUAUGUGUGGGUUUUUUUUCUUGGAGCUGUUUCAUAGGAAUUCCUGUAAUAAAGACUUGGUGUUCUCUUGGU